AUGAGUGUCCUCCGCAACGCCUCCAUCAAGACCUCCUCUUCCAUCUCCUACGCACUUGCCAGUAUAUUAGGCCCUCCAUUAACAAUUCCAACUCGUAAGAUGUCUACAGAGUGUCAGUUUGUUCAGGCUCCACACAAGCUUCUGGUCAUCCCAGGACCGAUUGAGGUCACGGAUGAGGUCCUCUUAGCCAAUGCACAUCCAUCAAUGUCGCAUAUGUCACCCGACUUUGCAAGAGUCUUUGGUGACUGCAUUCGCAUGACUAGGCAAGGACACGAGAUCAUGGUUGACUUGGCAGCCGAACAUAAACUCACGCGCACGCUGGGAUGGGAUCAGGUCUCUGCAAAUCUCGUAGAACCGGGCGAGAACGCGCUCGUUCUGCAUAGUGGUUAUUUUGCCGAUAGUUUUGCAGACUGUCUGCAGACCUAUGGUGCCAAUGUCGACCAGAUCAAGGCUGAGAUUGGUGGUGCUGUUAAGGAGGCUGAUAUUGAGAGCGCACUUCAAGCGAAGAAGUACAAGAUUGUUACCGUAACCCACGUCGACACCUCGACAGCCGUUUUGUCCGACAUCAAAGCUAUUGCAAACGUCGUGAAGAGAGUUUCUCCGGACACACUUGUCGUCGUUGAUGCUGUCUGCUCUGUGGCGAGCGAAGAAAUUCAAAUGGAUGCCUGGGGCAUUGAUGUCGUAUUGACAGCCAGCCAGAAAGGUCUGGGCACGCCACCGGGUCUCAGCAUCCUCGUUGUUUCUCAGAAAGCCGUCCAGGUAUUCGAGAACCGCUCAACGCCAGUUACGACCUACUACGCCAGUUGGAAGAAAUGGCUACCCAUAAUGAAAGCCUACGAGAACAACUCCGCUGCCUACUUCGCCACGCCACCCGUCAACCUCAUCUAUGCGUUCCAUGCGUCCCUCAAGCAGAUCAUGCAGGGCUCUGUUUCACUUGAGCAACGAUUCAAGCUCCACCAGGAGGGCGUGCCUCUCAGUGAGGACGUCCGGGCGAAUGGCAUCUUUUACUUUCCCGACGGUUUCACAGCGAGCGAUAUCGUUCCUCGUCUGUUGAAGAAAGACGUCGUUGUCGCUGGCGGAUUACAUGCUAGUAUCAAAGACAAAUACUUCCGUAUAGGGCAUAUGGGUGUUUCUGUCGUUGACCCUAGUCGGGGGGACAUUGACAAGAUUAUCAGCGCAGUGAAGGAGUCAUUUGCAGAAGCUAAGGCUAGCAAGCAGUAG